CGCAGUCAAGCGCCUAGAAGCCAAAGUUCACGCGCUUUCACAUUCAAUAGAGAUACAGCGACAAUUAAACGACUCUAGAACAGAAACUGCCAAAAUGAGUCAUCUCAGACCAUCGCCUCCAAGACGGGGACCCCCGGAUCCAUCUUCGCGCUCCCAAGGAAAUCUACAGAGUGCUGCAACCAUAUCCAAAGACGCGACUCAUGGACGUGCUGGUGAAGAGAGACAGAUCUUAUCGAAUCUUGCACAAAGAGCUCAAGCAUCUAAUGCAUUUGGCGUCCGUUCAGAUGAUCCUACUCCUGCUGUUGACCCGGGUUUUCUUGCCCCUCCUCCUUCCCUGGACCUGCCACCACCAGACCUUAUGAGCCGACCUCCUCCCGCUGGCUCGGGAUACAAUAGUGAGGAAACCGACGACGAAGAUGAUGACGACAAGAGCUUGUUCGAUCUCGCUCGUUCCUCAUCGAUCGUUUCUGGAAAACGACCUAUGGCCACUAGUACAUCAGCAAAAGUCCCCCUCGACUGGCAACCGAGAUGGUCAUCAUCCAGUGAUACCGAAUUUGUUGCAGUAACGAAUGAAGACGAAAAAACGGCAAUAUCAAUUGCCACACCGGAAAUAAAACGUAGAGAAGGGAAAAAACCAUCGUCCGAGGUGGACGGGGAAUUAUCUCCUGAACCGAGGUCUUCAUCUGUCUCGGGAUUGACGGAAACACUAGCCGGAGUUAUUCAGAAACAACUCAAACACAAUUUGCUGGGGCCGGGUCCGGACUCUACAAUGUUUAAAUUUCUUCUCGAUAAUAUCGAAAGACUCGAAUGGAUCAACAUUGCGCUGAACGAUAAACUGGAAAAGCUGGGAAACCCCGAGAAACCAAUAAGUCCCACCACCAAAGAACAGGCAGAUGCGCCGGUAGUAGCCGAGUUGAGUGCAACAGAUGGCACCUCUGCUCGAAUCACCGGGGUGCAAGUCUUACACAACGUUGUAUGUGGCAAUUUCAGACACGAUCACGACGGCGUAUACUUUGCCGAUCAACCUAUCUAUAGGGAGGGACAAUCUCGAAGGAGCAAACAGCCAACGAAAAAAUUGGAAGGAACUAUAGUGAUAAACGAUGUGGAAGCAUACAUCAGGUGUAACCCGGAACUGUCAUUCGUGGUCUUCAAAUCUCAUGUUUGCGAGGAUCAACGAUUUCGCUAUGUCCGCCCUCCUUUCAAUCUGAUGUGUGCCUGCCGAGUUUGCGUGGAAAAUGAACUUCUCCAACAGCGUAAUGUUGGAGAGAUGCAAUCUGAGCAACUUAGGGUGGUUUCUCCGGAGCUCAAACGGGCUCUCCGGUCUCUAGGUGACUGUCGCAUAGAUGGGCAUGUCACUGGUACAGAGGACGAUCCCCAAAUGUCCGCACCGUAUCUGUACUUGUAUCAUCACCGCGCGCAGCUCAACAGGAAAUUGAGAGAGGAGAAGACCAGUGAGACAGAACACUUGCAGCGAUUGAAGGACUGGUUGGAUGAGAAUUACGGAAAUCAGUACGAUGAAGCUGAUCAGCUUUUCGCGGACGGUCUAGUCUCCCAAAGUCAUAUCUCCAAGCUGUUCAAGCCGAAUCAGGUCAUCAUAAAGCAGAAGCCGGGCAGAGAUGCAAAGGCCUACGUCGUUCAGUAUUGGCCAUUUCUCAAGGGAGAAGAACUCUACACCCAGGUUUGGUCUUGGGAGUACGACGGGUUCGAGCUGAGAAGGAAACGCAAAUUGCUCUCGCUUACCUUCCACUCGCAGGAAAACAUGCGUGUUACGGACCUGAAAGUGUUUCCUCUGGAGUAUGCUCCUCAAAGUCUCGUGGAUUCAGUCAUCAAGCGUGGCCAAAAGUACUGGAGCAUGAGAAAUGGAAAGUUUGUGAGCUACUCCGGUUUGGAUAGUCUUCGGGAAGAAUCCUAUCAAAACAAUCGGUUCAUGAUAGAUAUCAAAACGCAUAUCCGGAUACAUCCUAAUAAAGAUGGCAAAACGUACUGGGUUCCUCCUGCAGGCUGCGUGGCCUACGAUGCGAAAGAGUUUGAUCCGUAUCCGCGACAGAUUUCUUCUUCGGGUUCGUUAAAAGACCAAUUAGCGAUGCUGUUACCAAGCCAGAUUCCCGGCUUCGAGAUGGAGUCGAAGAAAUGGGUGAAUUUGAACAUCAUGCAGACUGAAGAUGUGACAUGGAACCAAAAGGCGUUUGGGAGAUUGGUGUUGGAUGAACCUAGUAAAGAUCUGAUACGGGCUCUGGUGUCAGUACAUCUGGGCAAUAAAAUCACUGGGGAUAUCAUUGCUGGCAAAGGGAACGGAUUGAUCAUUCUCCUGCACGGCAGUCCGGGAGUCGGGAAAACUUUAACUGCAGAGAGUGUUGCCGAGUUGGCGGAGAAACCUUUGUAUCGCGUCACCUGCGGCGAUAUCGGGAAUAAGCCAGAUGAGGUCGAGAAAUACUUGCGCACCGUGCUGUAUCUCGGGAAAAUCUGGGACUGCGUAUUGCUCAUGGACGAAGCCGACGUAUUCCUCGAAGAGCGCACCAUGGCGGAUCUUCAGCGCAACAGUCUGGUAUCAGUAUUUCUUCGUGUUCUUGAAUCCUACGACGGCAUCCUCAUUCUUACCUCCAAUCGAGUGGGUUCCUUCGACGAAGCAUUCAAAAGCCGAAUCCAAGUAGCCCUUCACUACAAGCCGCUAAACCGCCAAUCCAGAAAGCAGAUCUGGCAGAACUUUUUCGAGAUGAUUGAGGAGGAAAACAGCGACGUGGAUGUCGGCGAGUUUGAGAGUCGGCUCGAUGAGCUCGCGAAAGAGGAAAUGAACGGAAGGCAGAUCCGCAACUGUCUGCAGACUGCGCAGCAGCUGUCCAAAUUCAAGGAAGAACCGCUUAGUUGGAGUAGCUUGUCGCAGACGAUCAAGACGGCAGCGAAUUUCCAGCGAUACUUGAAGGAGAUACAAGGGCAUAAUGAUGAGCAAUGGGCUAGGGAGGAGCAUCUUAGAUGA